CUUCCUAGAGAGACUGGCACCAAAUUCUCCUGAGGCUGGGGGAAGUUGGGGGGGGUCUCAAAGCGACACUGGUCAUACAGUGGGGAGCAAGGAGGACCAACAAUACCCCUUGCUUGCUUUCCUCCUCCCUCCCUUUUAUUCAAGUUCCUUUUUAUUUCUCCCUUGCGUAACGCCCUUCUUCCCUUCUGCACCACUGCCCACACCCCCACCCUCCCCGCCACCUCCUUGCCACCCCACAACUGUUGGCAGGGUCCCCAGCUCAUGCCAGCCUCAUCUCCUUUCUUACUAGCCCCCAAAGGGCCCCCGGGCAACAUGGGGGCCCCUGUCCGAGAGCCGGCACUCUCAGUUGCUCUCUGGUUGAGUUGGGGGGCGGCUCUGGGGGCUGUGGCUUGUGCCAUGGCUCUGCUGACCCAACACGCAGAGCUGCAAAGCCUAAGGAGAGAGGUGAGCCGGCUACAGAGGACUGGAGGGCCCUCCCAGAAGGGGGAAGAGUAUCCCUGGCUGAGCCUCCAGGAGCAGAAUUCUGACGCCCUGGAAGCCUGGGAGGAUGGGGAGAGGUCCCGGAGAAGGAGAGCAGUGCUCACCCAGAAACAGAAGAAGAGGCACUCAGUUCUGCACCUUGUUCCCAUUAACAUCACCUCCAAGGAGGAUUCUGACGUGACAGAGGUGAUGUGGCAACCAGCUCUUAAGCGUGGGAGAGGCCUGGAGGCUCAAGGCUACGUUGUUCGUGUCUGGGAUGCUGGAGUUUAUCUGCUGUAUAGCCAGGUCCUGUUUCAUGAUGUGACUUUCACCAUGGGUCAGGUGGUGUCUCGGGAAGGCCAGGGAAGGCAGGAGACUCUAUUCCGAUGUAUAAGAAGUAUGCCCUCCAACCCGGACCGGGCCUACAAUAGCUGCUACAGCGCAGGUGUCUUCCAUUUACACCAAGGGGAUAUUCUGAGUGUCAUAAUUCCCCGGGCAAGGGCAAAACUUAGCCUCUCUCCACAUGGAACCUUCCUGGGGUUUGUGAAACUGUGAUUGUGUUAUAAAAGGUGGUUAUGAGCUUGGAACACCAGGGUGCGUACAUAUUGGAAACAGCCAAAAGCGUCUAGACAAAGGACAGGCAAUGGGCAAGAAUAGAGGCCUCUUCCUGUGUUGGACGUCAUGACCCUCUGUUCCUCCCUUUUCCCUUCCCACCCCCAAGUUUUGAUUUCAUAGACAACUGGCUUUUAUCCCCCAUCCAGCCCCAAAUUCGUGUGCGCGCGCGUGUGUAAGUGCGGGUGGGGGUGGGGUGCCAGGCACCGUCCAGGCCGGCUUCGGGUCGUCCACUGGAAUGCAUCCAGAACAGCAGCACCAUCUAGCGGCAGUUUGAGGGACCCAUCGUAGGGAAAACCCUUGGUUCCCUAUGACACGCCUCCUCCAGGUACCCUUUGCCUCCUCGCCCCACAAGAAGCCUCACCCUCUCUUGCUUCUCUCCAUCUACUGGUCCUCAGUUUCCAUCACUUAUCUCCAGAAGUGUAUCUAUUAUGCGCCCGUCUGCAGGGGGUGCCCGACGACGACGGUCCCUUUGCAGCCACAUUACUUUUCGGGUCCCAAGUUUUGCCUCUCUAUUCCCCCGGCGUGGCAAGUCACUCCAAGCCCCUCCAGAAUGGGACUGGUCCCCGGGGAGCCUUGGAUAAACCGUACGCCAUGUUGCUGGUCUUGCCUCACUCCUCUGAGCCCUUCUUUCUGCUCAAAACUCUGCUUAAAGUUAAAUAAAAGAGGAUGAAUGGUA